AUGAAUGGCGGCGCUAUCUUCAAGCAGCAUCUUGAAGAUGGGAAAGAUGCCUUGUUCAAGGGCGGCAUGGUUGUGCCCAUGGGUGACAGUACUGAAGAAGUCCGGGCCAUUCGCGAGCAACUUGUUAAUCCCAAUAGUGCUAUAUGGGACUCGACCUAA